UGUUCUAUCAUUCAGAAGCUUUCUAGGAAAGCAACAAAUUGAAAUUUACUAGCCUACUGUAGUGGGACCGUACACUUACGGAACUACACCUGUUCAGUGACCACACUGAUUUUGGGCAUAUACCAGUAUCAACACAUGCUCAGACAUAAACCUUAGAAGAAGGAAAAAAACUUCAACCAUGGCACUUCUGGUUUUACCUCUGUUGGGGGCUUUGUCAGUCUCUGAGAGCCUUGUGGCCAUUGCAACAGUUUGUUUGGUAUACCUGCUCUUGCAACUCCGCACAAAAAUCCCUGAAGGUCUCCUCCAGCUUCCGGGUCCCAGGCCCCUCCCUAUCAUCGGCAAUGUUCUCGAACUCGGCGGCAGCCCUCACCUGAGCCUCAGCGCCAUGACCAAGCGCUAUGGCCACGUGUACCAGAUCCAGAUUGGCAUGCGGCCCGUGGUGGUCCUCAGCGGUGCCGACACGGUGCGGCAGGCACUCAUCAAGCAGGGCGAGGACUUUGCCAGCCGUCCUGACCUCUAUAGCUUCCAGUUCAUCAACAACGGCAAGAGCCUGGCCUUCAGCUCCGACCAGGCCGGAGUGUGGCGUGCCCGCCGCAAGCUGGCCAUGAAUGCCCUACGCUCCUUCUCCACGCUGGAGGGCGAGAAUCCAGCCUACUCCUGCGUCUUGGAGGAACAGAUCAGCAAGGAGGGCAUCUACCUGGUCGAGCGCCUGCGGACGGUGAUGGACGACAGCGGCAGCUUCGACCCCUUCCGCCACAUCGUGGUGUCAGUGGCCAAUGUCAUCUGCGGCAUGUGCUUUGGCCGGCGCUACAGCCACGACAACGAGGAGCUGCUGAGCCUGGUCAACAUGAGCGACGAAUUUGGACAGGUGGUGGGAAGCGGGAACCCCGCCGACUUCAUUCCCUUCCUCCGUUUCCUGCCCAACAACUCCAUGAAGAAGUUCAUGGACAUCAACGACCGCUUCAACAACUUCAUACAGAAGAUUGUGCGGGAGCACUACGAAGCCUACGAUAAGAAUAACAUACGCGACAUCACAGACUCACUCAUUGACCACUGCGAGGACAGGAAGCUGGAUGAAAACUCAAAUGUGCAAGUGUCAGAUGAGAAAAUUGUCAGCAUUGUCAAUGACCUCUUCGGUGCCGGAUUUGACACCAUCAGCACAGCUCUGUCAUGGGCUGUUGUGUAUUUGGUGGCCCACCCAGAGAUCCAGGAAAGACUUCACCAAGAAAUAAAGGAAACGGUUGGGAUAGAGAGAAACCCACAUCUGUCGGAGAGGUCCAGACUCCCUCUUUUGGAAGCCUUCAUUUUUGAGCUGUUCCGUCACUCCUCUUUCCUACCUUUCACUAUCCCACACUGUACUACCAAAGACACAUCUCUCAAUGGAUACUUCAUCCCUAAAAACACUUGUGUGUUCAUCAACCAGUAUCAGGUCAACCACGACCCUGAGGUGUGGAAGGACCCCGAGAUUUUCAUGCCAGAGCGUUUCCUGUCUGCUGACGGCACGGAGGUGAACAAGUUGGAGGGCGAGAAGGUGCUGAUCUUCGGAGUGGGCAAGCGACGCUGCAUUGGCGAGGCCAUCGGCCGUGCCGAGGUCUUCCUCUUCCUUGCCAUCCUCAUCCAGCGCUUGCAGUUCCACAAGAUGCCCGGCCAAGAACUGGACAUGACCCCGGAGUAUGGCCUCACCAUGAAACACAAACGGUGCCACCUGCGUGCCACCUUGCGUCCACGGGAGGAAAACUGAAAAGGAAAAGGGGAGGGGGGGGUAUCUCGCCCCAGAAUUUUGCACCUAAAUAUUAUUUGUCUUUUCAGGGGGGUGCAAAUCUCCAUACAAAUAUAAAAUCCAAUUUGCUUGCAUUUGCUGGUGUCCAGACAAAGUAGCAAGUGGAAUAGUGUAACAGGGUCCACUGUACUAUCUUUGGUUUGUGCGUUAUCAGAGUGUACUCAGCAAGCUCACUGCUGAUUGGGCAGGGACAUGAGAUGAUGUGGAUCUAAGAAGUUGUGAAUUAUAUGAGAGGGCUUUUUGUAAGGUAGACAAUGGAAAAACAAUGCUUUUCAUAGACUGAAAUACAUCCUUUGCUCAUCCAAUUAACUGACAAUUCUGCAGAGGAAUUCUCCAUCUGAGCACAUAACUACCUGGGCUCUCAGACAGGCAAAGUCAAUGUUUAAGAGAAACACUGCAAGCACCCUAUA